UUGGAGGAGGAGGAGGAGGAGUGGGGGGGUUGGUCCGGGAGAGCAUGGCCGCAGGAGCCUCAGCGCUGCUGACUUGGUUUGGUUCCUCCACAUUGAUAACACCGCUUCUCGUGCGCUCUCGGUUAUGUGGCGCAGCCGCUCGUCGGGAGGGGACGUCUGACCCGGAGACUGUGUGCGUUUACGCGCGGCGGAGAGAGGCUCUGAUUUACUGCGUUGCUGUCGCCGUCGCUGUUGUUGUUGGUUGCUCGGCAGGGCAGGAGCGCUCGGGCAGCUGCUGCGGGCUCAGCCGGAGCUGAAGCCGCUGGUUUGAGUCGAUCCACGGGGGAAACAGGAGGAGAGAUCCCGGGCUGGAGAGGAGCAACAAGCACGAGGACUGUUUUACCUCUGCAUCGUGGAACAUUUAUCCUCUGAUUUUAUUAUUAUUUCCUCUGCGCGUGCAGCGCUGCCUCCUCUCUGGGAAAUUCAGCGCGAGUUGGAGAAACUGUUCGCAGCGCGGAGCGGAGUUGAGCUUGUUCGUGCUACAGGCUGAAUGACUGUGGAUCUCCAGCGUCUGUUUUACAGUUUAAGAAGAAGUGUUUUUAUUAAAGCGAGAGACGAGCAGAGCAAACGAGCUGACUGGUAAAACGAGCGAGAAACAGCUGCUUUAAAAGAAGAGAAUUUAAGAUUUAGUUUUAUCGCAAAAACACCCAGAGGAAGGAGCCACAUCUGUGCGGGAAUAAGUGGACUCUCAUUUCACCACCACGUCCAUCAAAAACCCCGAGAACCACAGGAGGUGGGACUGUAAAAUACAUCGAUUUGGCUUCGUCGUGGACUUCCAGAGAGAAUAUGCCGCAGGUGGAAAUGAUCCUCUUCCUCAUCCUCAUCAUUGGGAUGUGUGUGUACGGCCAGGACCCGGCGUCCAAGGUGGUGUCCGACCGCUACGCCGUCUACUGGAACCGGACUAACCCCAAAUUUUACCGGGGCGACUACCACAUCGACGUCUGCAUCAACGACUACCUUGACGUCUACUGUCCGCACUACGUCAGCCCGGUGUCCGACGACCGGGCCGAGCGCUACAUCCUCUACAUGGUCAACUACGACGGCUACAGCUCCUGCGACCACACCGCCAAGGGCUUCAAGCGCUGGGAGUGCAACAGGCCUCUGUCGCCGAACGGACCACUCAAGUUCUCCGAGAAGUUCCAGCUGUUUACCCCCUUUUCUUUGGGCUUCGAGUUUCGCCCCGGCAGAGAGUAUUACUAUAUCUCCUCCAUCACUGACGACAAAGGGAGAAGGAGCUGCCUCCGACUCAAAGUCUUCGUCAGGCCUCAAAACAAUUGUGUGAAAAACUCCGGGAGCUCACAGGAAGGGGUCGACUUUGAGGACAACAGUCACAACUCCCUAGAACCCAGAGACGGCAUCAGCCACGAGUCGCCAGAGCCAGCUCGACGGGACGUGAACUCCGUCGGCCGGCGCCAGACUUCGGUCCUCCUGCUCAGCUCCGCCCUCAUAGUCCUGGCUGCCAUCUUGUCUUUAUAGCGCCUAGUCUGAAGGAACCACCACCUUCCACCCCAACCUCCACCACCACUACCCCGACCCCAGGAAUGGACUGUCCUGAUUGGACCACAGGCCAACCCUACCCUUCAACCCCCUCCCCCUCUUAAAGGAGCACUUUUAAAAAAAAAGAAAAAAAGAAAAAGAAACAUUGACAAUCUCUCUGAGUGAAAAGAGAGGACGGGACUUCGAUGGCGAAGCCUUUGUUGUUGUUGUUUUUUUUUUUUUUGACUUUGCCAACUAGUGUGAUUCUUGACUUUCUGGGUGGGUGCUAACGGUCGAAGCACCACCCUUCCCUGAGGUAAAAGAGUCUGUUACCUGUUCGCCUCGCUACCGUCCACAGUAUGCAGAUACUACACAUUUGUGUUUUUGCGAGGGGGCACACGUGCAUACAUGCUUUUGAAAACAUAUACACAACUACACAAUCAGUACCACUCUUUAGCUUGAGCGGCGAAGAAGAAGCACAGCGAGAUCCCCUCGACUUUUUAACAAAUCUUUUUUUUGUGUUCAGGAACAUCCUCCCUCCUCCCCCCUGUCAUGUAACAUGAUUAAAUCAAGCGUCAAGAGUGGAAAAGGAGGAAGAUCUGGGGAGUGACAAGUUGCAUGGACGGGCCGAUGGAAAAGGAAAAACAAAGAAGGAUGUUGUUGCUAGGAGACUGUUGCCAAGGGCGAGUGGAGAUACGGGACAGGCCUUUGAUGACUUAACCUUCCUCUCAGGUUAAAAAAAAAAAAGGAUGCAGACUGUGGAGGACCCUUGUUGAGAGUUUUUUUAAAAAAAGAAAAGAAAGUUUAAAGAAGCACUCAUCUUUUAGUGUUUGGAUAGGGGCGUUUUAAUGAUUGAUUAAUGUAUUUGUUUUUUUAAUAAAUCACGUAAUUCAAUUGUAGCAGCCAACAUGGGUGUACAGUAAAAUAUUUGAAACGGAGCGUAGGGAGUCAAUAUGGUAUUUUGCCAGGCAAAAUAUAUUUUCCUAUUUAUUGUGAAGUCCUCGUGCUUUUUUUCUGUUCUGGUUUAGUCUGUAGGUACAGUACAGUAGAAAGCCAAUAAAAGACGCAUAACCCAUUAAAGUUAGCUCAUACACGCAGUUCAUUUGAUACAAUCAUACAAAAAAAUACACUGAGUACAGUUUAUGUAUCUGCUUGGAUCGAUUGAUGGUUUUUAAUUUUUUUUUUUUAACAAAGUCCAGGAAGAAGAAGAAAAAAGAAGAGUCUGAUUUGCUAUCAGGGUGUAGAAAUCGUAGGAUAUUUGUGUUUGUCAUUAACGAAUGUCACAAAUGUAGUUUUACUAUUACACUAUUGCUUUUGUGAAUCACUGUCAUAACACAAGUAUUGUAAAUAGAGGCGAAUUAUUUCCUACAAAGUUCAGGGAUGUGUCCAUGCUUAAUAUGAGGUUAAAAAAAAUAAUGUUAGUCUUUUUUUCUUUUUCUUUUUUUAAAUCGAGGGGGGUUACUCUUCCUCGAGUAAAGCAGCACAAGUUUUCUGUGGCUAAAAAGAUGUGUCCAAGAGACAAUGACCGAGCAGGUGCACGGGGGUUGAAGCGUGUGUGAUUGCAGUCUUUGAUGUCGUGUAAAGUGGCGUCUGUAGAGGGAAAAAAAAAAUACACCAGGGGCACCCUCAUCACCGGUUAUUUCAAGGAAUGAAAAAUCGACCACCACCGGGAGAGAUGGAAUAAACAGAGCGAGGUGUCCUCUUCUCUCCGGGGGCGAGCUGAAACUCUACCCACUGCUGGAUGAGGAGAGAGGGAAAGAGAAGGAGAUGUGAAGCUUUGUAGUGCUCCUGCUGAGAUCAAUACUCAUGUUCCUCUUCUUCUUUUCUUUCUUUUUUUUUUUUUUUUUUACAUGCAGUAAACAUAUCCUUUCCACUCAUCAACUGCAGCAGCACUGUUACCUUCACAUGCACUCACUGCCAAAUGAAACCAUAGCCCUGUAGUACCUGCUCAUUUUGAACUGUGCAAAGGAGUAAAGGGCCACUUUUGAGGGGGGAAACCAUCUUAAACUGACAUUAAAGUCAAUGAGAAUGGUCAUAGUUAUGAGAAUUAAGUAAUAAUUUUGAAUGGGAAGUCGUAUUAGGAGAAUAAAGUUGGAUUUUAUAAGAAAAAGUCUUCAUAUUAUCGGAGUAAAGUUGUA